GGCCGGCGGCCGCCAGGCCCUCCGACUUCGGGGUCAUGCGGCGCGUGGCGGCGGAGCUCGGCGUCGAUCUGAAGGCCGCGGCCAGGGUCUCCGGCCGGGCCGGGUUGGGCGCGCUGUAUACUUAAGAUGAUAUCCCUUCCACUUCCCUGUGCUCAUGGUUCGUCUUGUUUGGCUUGUGCUAUUGAGAAGAGAAGUUCAGAGAAAAUCCCAAGAUGUAUCAGGGAUUCAGUAUUCAGCAAUGUUGUGUUCGGGCAUUCUACGACAGGAUUAUGGACACACAAACUAAACUUUACUAGUGCAUUUCGGUGGUGCUAUCGAUGUUUUUAUGUUGUUGAAUGUUUC